UUGGGCGAGCGACACCGACCAAAACAAGAUUCACCUGUGUUACAAAAGUUUGCAGCGUACUGUCAGCCACUUAAAAAUGUGCCUUUUGAAAGAUAUAAGUUUUAUUCUAGAAUGCAAGAAUCGGGAGAGUCUUACGAUCACUAUCGGACAGCUCUUCGACAGUUAGCAGAAAGGCGCGAGUUCGAAUCGAUUACCCCCAAUCAGAUUUUACGUGACAAGCUCGUAUUUGGAAUUCGCGAUUCAAAGGUUCGUGAGAGGCUUCUUCGUGAGAAGAAUUUGUCGUUGAAGAAAACUGACGAGAUUUGUCGUUCUCACGAGACCAUGGUACAGCAGAUGAGGGUUGUUGGCGAUGCCGUUCUAAGCGUUGCAGAUGCCGGAAACGUGAAUGCUGUGUCUAAAAAGCCUAAAAGAGGGAAACGUAGGCGAGGUCGUGGCUCGAGGAAUGCUAACACGCGGCGAAAUAGUUGUGAAUUUUGCGGACGUGAGCAUGACGUAGCGAAGCGUGAGAACUGUCCAGCUUUUGGAAGGAGCUGCAGUAAGUGUGGCAAGAAAAAUCAUUUCGCAAACGUAUGUUUUGGACACGCGCCUAAGCCCACGACUCGCACGCAUCCUGUGCAUUGUUUCGGAGAUGAGCUUUCGGACGAAGUUUUUGGUAACGCUGAAGUUGGAAUCUGGAAAUUAUCUUCGUUUUCAGCCCGAUACCGCAGCUCAGUGCAAUGUUGUCCCUUUGCAUCUAUACAAGAAAGCCACUAA